AUGAUUGAUUUUUACACAGCAGAAGAUGUGUUUUACGAGUUGUCCACCAUCCGGGACCCAGAGAAACGGAGUUACACGCUGGCAGACUUGGGGGUUGUGGCGCAGGAUCGCUGCAGCAUUGAGUACGACCAGUAUCAUAGCUAUUCCCUUGCUGGAGAUGGUGGAAAAAGCGUGAGUGGCGCACCCACCCCAAAGCGAAUAGCGGUGGUGACAGUCGUCUUGAAACCGACCGUGCAGCACUGCAGUCUUAUGGCACUUAUUUGUCUUUGUGUUUACGCCAAGUUGAAGGAGGCCCUCCCACCGUGGAUGUGUGAUUGGAAAAUUGACAUUAAAUUAGUUGAUGGCUCGCAUCUGCAAAAGCGCGAACUAGAGAAGCAGAUUUCGGACAAAGAAAGGGUGGCGGCGGCGCUGGAGAACGAGACGUUGAUAAUGGAAAUGGAUAGACUCAUGAAUCCGGAUGUAGAAUGA